AUGGGCAGAACUUCUGAACUUAAUAUAAGGAAGAUCCAACACAUCAUUUGUCAGUAUAGUGAAGAGAUGGGGAAGGUAGUGUCCCCUGCUCUGCCGGAAGCUUUCCUGCUGUCUUUGGAUGCAGAGAAGGUAUUUGACAGAGUAGAGUGGGAUUUCAUGUGUAAAGCUCUAGUAAAUUUUGGGUUCAGUGGUAGAGAAUUCCCUCCUUCCUCCCCUCCCCCCUCCUGCAACACACCACCCAUGGCAACACCAGAAGCCAAUGCAGUCUUUGACACAGACAGAGUCUCUGUCUGCAUUGGUGACCUGCCUUCAUAUGUUAAAGGGAUCACGAUCAGUGCUCCCUUGCCAUAUGAAGGCAGAUUCCUUCUGCCUCUGGCUGUGGUCUUACCUGUCAAAACUGAAAGCCGGGAUAGCAGCAUGAGUCAGAAGGUUGGAUACCACGAGGAUGUCAGUAUUUACCAGGUGAAGUUUACCUGUUCUUUACAUGAAGAUGGUAGCACUGGUGAUUAUGACGUGCAUGGAAUUGAUGGAAAUGACCUUCUGGUCUAUGAUAAGGAGAAAUUAACAUAUACUCCUCUAAUGCAAAAGGCUCAGACUAUAAUAAAGUGGUUUGACAGGGUCAAGGUCACUCCCAAAACUAAUAGACAUUUAAUUGAACAAAAGUGCCUUUUUUUGUUAAAAAAGGGUUUCGACAAUAGAAAGAAGGAGCUUGAGAAAAAAGUUCCCCCACAGGUAAAGGUUUCUGAAAGCCCUUCUGAUAAGAUCACAAACCUUCACUGCUUCGUGUUUGGGUUUUACCCCCAAGCUGUGGAUGUGAAAUGGGUAAAGAACAGCACUUUUGAGGUUUACUCAGAGGACGUUAAACAGGUUCUCCCCAACCCUGAUGGAACCUAUCAACUUAGGGUCUCUGUAAACGUGACAGCUGAGGACAGGUACAAUUACGCCUGUCAUGUGGAUCACAGCAGCCUGAAUAAGACCAUAAUCAUACAGUUAGAACCCAAGGGGAGCAACACAGGCAGCAUAUUGAUUGGUAUAAUUGUUGCUGUUGUCAUUCUGGUUAUCAUUGCUGUUGUUGGAAUAUAUAGAUACAGGAAUGCAGGUCAACAUCAUAGAGUGAACAUUCAGGAGCGAUAGCAAAGUUCUGGACCAUUAAUACUGAUCAUCUGCGUAUGUUCAUACCUUAACCCCUUCAUGUGUGCUACAUAAAAG